AGGGGGUGACAGAGACGUGGGGGGUGGGUGAGCCAGCCAGGGAGGGAGGUGAGGAGGGGGAAAGAGAUGUGGAGACAGAACCGCUCGGAGUAAUAACCGGAGACAGACGGAGCGCGGAGAAAGCAGGACCCGGCAUCACUCGAGUCCCUCCACUUCCCCCUCCCCUCGGCUCAGCCAUGCAUCGGACUAUGCGGAUAAAGAUUACGGAGCUCAACCCGCACCUGAUGUGUGCGUUAUGUGGAGGAUACUUCAUAGAUGCAGCCACGAUUGUAGAGUGCCUGCAUUCAUUCUGUAAAACUUGUAUUCUGCGGUAUCUGGAAGCUCACAAAUUUUGCCCAAUGUGUGACUCCCAGGUCCACAAAGGACGUCCGCUCCUGAGCAUCAGGUCAGACAAAACACUGCAGGAUAUUGUAUAUAAACUUGUUCCAGGACUCUUUAGAGAUGAGAUGAAAAGACGGCGAGAUUUCUAUGCCUCCUAUAACCGUAAAGAGGCUAUUGAUAGCUCUGCCACGGAACAGGGAGAGAAGACCACAGAAUGCGGGGAGGGAGCCGUGCAAGAGGAGGAAAAUAUCAGUCUCUCAAUUCAGUUUUCAGAGGAUGCCAGGGACGACACUCUGGAUUCAAUGGACAGCGAGGACUUGGAGAAGAGGAACAGUCUGCGUUUCCUGCGCUGUCCAGCUGCUAUGACCAUUACUCACCUUGCCAAAUUCCUACGAAACAAGAUGGAUGUCCCUAGCAAGUACAAGGUGGAGAUUCUCUACGAGGAGGAGCCACUAAAAGAUUAUUACACACUUAUGGACAUUGCAUAUAUCUACCCCUGGGGGAGGACGGGUCCUCUACCCCUUAAGUACCGAGUGCAGCCAACGUGCAAGAGAUUGCGGUUUAGCCGUCCAAGGAACCCUCAAGAGCUUAACCGCGGAACCACAUCGGAGGGAGAAUCUGCUAGUGACAAGGCUAGUAGUCCAGCUCCUGUUCCUUCCACCUCAUCCUCCUUACCCAGCCCUGCAACCCCUUGCCAGGGGUCGCCAAACCCCACUACUGAGAUACCUCCUUUGUCUGCCCUGCACAACGGGCAUUCAGCAGGACGAGGACGCAAACUAGCACUCAAUGGUGUUCCGGGACCCCCUCUCACCUGAAGACCCUUUCUUGUUGCUGCCUUUUAUACAUAUGUAUAUAUACAGAAGGACUUUCUUAUUUUCUAUGGACAAAACAAGAGUAAUUUAAUCCCAUCUCCUGCCCUAAACCCCUUUUUUGUAAUUUUUGAUUGUAAUUUAUAAGAAAGUUGGGAGAAGCAGGGCAUUCUGAAUAGGAAUGCAGGCACUCCCAUGUUUGUCAAACCUCUAUUUUAGUCUCAUGUCUCGUUCCAGUUUUUUGUUUUUGUAUGCCGAGUGAAGAGGACGGCUGAAUACUCUGCAUCAUUAAGAGCCAGUAAACCUGCCCCCUUGUUACAGAUGGUGGCGAUCUCCCAUGUAGUCCGUUUUCCAGGACUGUUAACUUUGUGAAUAGGAGGACGUGAUUGGGAACUUUCAUGUAGAGCGAUCACAGCUUCCUUUUGACUGAAAUAUUUUCAAAAGGGAAACGUAACCACAAAACAGAUUUUGUUGAGGAAUAGGGGUUUUGGAAAAACUGCCCAAGUCAUUGACCAGAUUUGGGCAUGACUAACUUGACACUAGUGGCAGCUCUACCGUAACGUAGCACCUGAGUUUGCAGCGUUUCUACCUAUGGCAAGAGUGAGGCCCUUAUGAGCACCUACUAUGGUAUAUAUAUGUUUUGGAAGUAUGAUUUCCCCUUUCCUAAAAUUAAUAGCACAUAAUGUUGGUUGACGUUCUCUAGAAAAAUACCCAACUCCCUCCAAGAGGACUAUGCAUAAACAAGGAAAUCUGUUCACCUUCCAUAUAUGGCACAACGGGGGUUCCUAUCUUAAUUAUGACCCUUUAAACUCCCCCCUAUAAAAACUUGUGUAUCUAGUGUGGGUGGGAUUCUAGGGUUGUGGAUUGUCUAUUCUUGUGUAUAUCAAUAAAGUCAUGCAGAGUGUUACGUUUUGGCAUGA